AUGGAUCGAUGCCGGCUGUGCAUAGUGGCGUCGUCGUCGUUGAGUGGCGUCGUCUCGAUCGAGGAAGAAUCGUUUCGGUACAAGAUAGAGUCGAUUUUCCAGCUGCAGUUUGAGAUAACGGCAAACCUACCGUCCCGAGUGUGCGAUGAGUGUUUUAGGAAAGUGGACGAAUUCUACGACUACGCUCAAGAGGUACGCAAAGCACAAACGCUCCUGAUCGAGGAAGACAAGGAAACCCAAGUCCAGUUUGUGGAUAUUCAGUUGGCGGUAGAAAAGAAUGACGAAAGAAACGAAGAAUAUUCGUCUUCUCAUCUCUACGAAGACACCAUCGAUGGUACAGAUGAUAUACGUGAAGAUUGUCUAGAACAAAGUAUUAAUGAUGACGAGGACUUGGUCCAGCUGAAAAGUAAAGAGUAUGAGAAAGACAACGACGAAUCUGGCGAAGAUGAUGAGGCAUGCCAGGACGAGCAGCUCGACGAUAAAACCCACUUAUCUGCGCUCGAGAGUUCCAAAGCGGACGCCGUAGACCCGAAACUAGAGGACCCCAAGAAGCGAUCCAUGAAACAGAAGUCCGCCAGAAUCCGCGAAGAAGACGAACGUCUGAAACAGUUUUACUCUAUGACUUGUGAGAUUUGCUCUGUUCAGCUGAAGUCGUUUCUGCUCCUCCAGAGGCACUGCCGAGAGGUGCACAACCAGCGGGGCUAUGUGGAGUGUUGCGAUCGAAAGUUUUACCGUCGAUUCAAGCUGAUAGACCAUCUGUCGCUUCACACAACACCGGAUGCAUUCCGAUGCGAGCAGUGCCAGAAAAACUACAAAAGCCGAUCCACGCUACAGCACCAUCAACAGCUCUGCCAUGGGGAAGCCAAGGAAAAGCUGUUCCAGUGUGACAAAUGCCACAACUCUUAUUCUAAAUCGUACCAGCUGAAAAUGCACAUGAAGCGACACAUUCAAGCACCGUGCGAACUGUGCGGGAAGGUGCUCUCGUGCCAGCAAUCGCUGCGUGUCCAUGUAAGGCACAUGCAUGGCGGGGAAGACGAGAAGCUGAUCUGUGAUACAUGUGGGCAACAGUUUCGCACCAAGCCGGCACUAGAGCGGCACGUUCAACAGCACCUUGGGGUGGCAGUUCCGGUCGACAAGCGGCAGUGUCCACAGUGUAGCGUAUGGGUGUCGGGGAUAAGAGGACUCAGGAUGCACCUGCGUAAUGUGCACCCGGCUAAGGAUGCGGUUUUUGAGUGCGAAAUUUGCCAUAAGCGAUGCAAAAAUGCCAUGACCCUCGAUCAUCACCGAAAGGGUGUUCAUGCGGAGGAUAAGUAUGAGUGCGAUAUUUGCGGGAAGCGUUUUAAGCGUCCAAUUUAUCUGAAGGAACAUCGCGCCCUCCAUACGGGCGAGUGUCUCUAUUCGUGCGAUAUCUGUGGAUUGGCCAUGAAUUCGAAUGGCAACAUGUACGCGCACAAGAAAAGCAAACAUCCCAAAGAGUGGCAAGAAGCACAACGGAGGAAAAAGCUGGCCGCCGCUCCAGAAGCGCAACACUGUACAAAUUCUACUCAGGAAUAACGUUACCUUACGCGUAGGCAAGAAACAUUAACAUCUGUCCGCCCGGAUGAUCCUGUGCGACGAAAUGAAACGGUAGCCGGAGGUGCAGGAGGUGUAUGCAGUUACCGUAUACAGGGCGCUCUCUGCCAUCGCAUCGGUGCUAUGCUAAGUGAGCCGUAGAUUAAUCAGGCCUUGCUACCCGAUCGACCGGAUCUGACCGCACGUGUCUUCCGGUUAAAGCUGAA